AUGGCGAGGAUUAAACAAGGAGUGUUUUCCUGGGAGGACGUGCUGGCUCAACGGUAUCAAUAUAACAAACCAGCCGCAUUGCCCAGAUCCAGAAGAGCCAGCGCGAUUUCGAGUCGAACCCAAACUGAGAAACAGUCAGGUCCCGCAACAGAAGGGACCAUACAGGUACAGAGUGACCUGUUGGCAAAGCUAUCUCCCGAGCUCCGCCUCAUGAUCUGGGAGAUGGUCUUGGGUGGAUUGCGCAUACAUAUUGUACAACGGUCCGAUCGCCGAAUGAGCCACGUGUUAUGCCCUCUUACGAGUACCUGCGACAUCUGUCGGGGGGAUUCGCCGCAGCCGGUAAAGGGGAGGGCUCGAAUGAUCGGUAACCUGUUGGGGCUUCCGAUGACCUGCAGGCAGAUUUAUCGCGAAUCUAUCCAUAUGCUUUACACCAUGAAUACCUUCGAAUUCAGUAAUACUUGGUCACUCACUUACCUCCGCCCGACUAUACCCCCGGACCUCUGGGACGCAAUCCGCGAAGUUGAACUUCGCUGGGCCUUCCCAGGCCACUGGCUCCCUAGCAAGGACCCCGUCAAGACGAUCUACUUCUCCGCUGGCCGGCAGCAGUGGGUUGAGACUUGCAAGGCCUUGACACGGAUGAAGAGUCUUCAGUCAUUCACGCUCCAGCUGAGCGGCAGCUGGUUCUGCGAACCGGUGGAGAAGAUCCCUAUCUUCCUGGAACCGUUGCGAGAUCUGAACCUAAAGCAAGGGUGGAAGCUGCAGUUACCCAAGCAGCCGUAUUAUGUCAAGGAGGCCCGGAAUGUAGAUGGCGAUCUGCGUAAGAAAGGUAUUGAGUGUUUGGUUCGAGCGGCGUAA